GCGGAGUGGGCCCAUUCCGGCCUCGGGGCGCAAUGUUGGGCCCGAGCCUGGUCUUUGACAGCGAGAGGGGCCUCACGCCAGGGACUCCGCUGCCAGUUUCCGUGUCUGGGAGAAGGCCCAGCGCAGUGGCCUCCUUCAUCAAGUCGGAGAAGACUGAGGAGAGCUCAGAAGCCAAUGGGCGGCUUGCGAAGCAGAAACUUGUCGCGCUGCAAGUUGUGCAGAGCACAUGGUUCUCCAAUUGCAUGGCGGUGGUCGUGCUGCUGGAUGCGUAUUCAACUUGUAGCGAUGUGGAUGCGAGAGCAGCUGGAGGGGAAGCUCCGAUCGGGCUCAAAGUGCUCUCCGAUACCUGCCUUGGGUUGUACUCCGCGGAGCUGGUAGCGUUGCUGCUGCUGAAGGGCUGGGUGAUCCUGAAGGACUGGAUGACUUUCACAGAUGCUG